CCGCCCAGCAGACCUCGGGUGACAGUGUUUGCCAGAAGCCCGGGCAGCAUGGACCUCACUCUGCUCUGGGUGCUGCUGCCACUGGUCACUGUGGCCUGGGGCCAGUACGAAGACUACGGGUACCCGUACCAGCAGUACCACGACUACAGCGAUGACGGGUGGGUGAACCUGAACCGGCAGGGCUUUAGCUACCAGUGUCCCCACGGGCAGGUGGUGGUGGCCGUGAGAAGCAUAUUCAACAAGAAAGAAGGCUCGGACAGACAGUGGAACUAUGCCUGCAUGCCGACGCCGCAGAACCUCGGGGAGCCCACGGAGUGCUGGUGGGAGGAGAUCAACAGAGCUGGAAUGGAGUGGUACCAGACGUGCUCCAACAACGGGCUGGUGGCAGGGUUCCAGAGCCGUUACUUCGAGUCCGUGCUGGAUCGGGAAUGGCAGUUCUAUUGCUGUCGCUACAGCAAGAGAUGUCCAUAUUCCUGCUGGCUGACCACAGAAUAUCCAGGCCACUAUGGGGAGGAAAUGGACAUGAUGUCGUACAAUUACGACCACUACAUGCGAGGAGCAACUACCACUUUCUCUGCAGUGGACAGGGAUCGCCAAUGGAAGUUCAUAAUGUGCCGGAUGACUGACUAUGACUGUGAAUUUGCGAAUGUUUAGAUCUGCCACUCACCAAAUCUAGGUGAGGGGAAGGGGGUCAGGAGACCUGAAGAUGUCCACUUACAUCAACAUCAGCCAGAGCUCCGAUGUGGUUUCUGCUGCUCUCUUCUUCUCCCUGAGCUGGUUAGUGGCUGCAGUGUCAGCUUUCUGGGCCUUUCUUACUAGUAUCACACUUAUAAUAAAAACCACAAUUAAAUCGCGUUCUCACUUUCAA